CCAAUCUAUAAACAAUAAAAAAAAAAAAAAAAAUAUAACUAUAAUAACAAUAAUAAAUGGAAUUAGACAUUAUAAAUAAUAAAGGUGUUCAAUUAACCUUUGAAAAUAUAACCUACAAAGUAGAAAAUAGAAAAUACAAAAAACAAUUAAAAAAACAAGCUGAAGCCAGACAACGUGAUGAUUAUGAAGGAAAUCCCGGCCAAUACAAUCAAACUAUCGAAAAAGAAUUAACUAUUUUAAAAAAUGUAAGCGGCGUUUUUGAAAAAGGUGAGCUAUGUGCAUUGAUGGGUCCAUCGGGCAGUGGUAAAUCUACAUUACUUGAUAUUCUAGCAGAGCGUAAAAGUACUGGUAAAAUAACUGGUAAAUUAUUGAUCAAUGGAAAAGAGGUUGGUGAUGCUUAUAAAAAGUAUUGCUCCUAUGUUACUCAAGAGGAUAUCUUAUUACAGACUGCCACUGUAUUUGAAACCAUAAAGUUUUAUGCAGAUUUAAGAUUACCUGGUGUAUCAGAAGAAGAUAAAAUAAAAAGAGUUGAACAAGUCAUUGAAGAUGUUGGCCUAACUAAAAGAAGAGAUUCAAAAGUUGGUGGUAUUUUACCAGGUGGUAUUAUAUUAAAAGGCCUUUCUGGUGGUGAAAAACGUAGAGUUUCCAUUGGUUGUGGAUUAGUUACAAAUCCAUCAUUGAUUUUCCUCGAUGAACCAACCUCUGGUCUUGAUUCGGUAACUGCUUUAUCAAUUAUGAAAACUCUUUUGGAUCUUACAAAGACUAAAGGCUGCACAGUCAUCGUAUCAAUCCAUCAACCAAGAUCCCAGAUAUUUGAAUUAUUCAAUAGAGUAAUGGUUCUUAUCAAGGGAAAAAUGAUUUAUAAUGGUAGUAAAAUACUAGAACACUUUGAACACUUAGGCUACACCUGUCCAAAUAAUAUGAACCCAGCAGAUUUUUGUUUAGAUACCGCAGUAGAAAUCGGUGAUGGGGAUCGAUAUGAAGAAAUAUGCGCACAAUGGCAGGAUACCUGGGAGAAUGAAAUGAUUAAUCAAAUUUCACAGCUCCAUAUUGACAUUGAAAAACCAAAAGCCACUCCAAUAACCUAUCAAUACUACAUCCUAUUACAAAGAGCAUGGAGAGACUUUUUAAGAAACCAAGGUAACUUUUUUGCUAGAGUCGGAACAGCAAUUUUCACUGGUCUUCUAUUUGGUGCUUGUUUUGCAAAUUUAAAAGAAAAUAGUAAAGAUGCUCAAAAAAUGAUAGGUGUUAUUUUCUUUUUAAUCACUGGUCUUUGCUUGACACCAUUUGCAGUUAUUUCAUUGUUCCUCAGUCAACGUACAUUAUUCAAUGCAGAAAGAGCCUCCAAAGUAUACCACUCAUUCCCAUAUUACCUAGCCACCGUGACUGUAGAGUCUUUUGUAGUUUUCUUUGUAGCCAUUAUCAAUGCGGCCAUUUGCUACCUACUUGCACGUUUACGUUGGGAUGCAUCCUAUUUCUUUUAUGCUAUGAUGGUAUAUUACUUUGUACAACUUUUAUCAGACUAUUUAAUCUGUACAUUGGCCAAUAUGACCGGUGCCAGUGAUAUCACCUUUGCUUACGGUUCUGGAUUUUGUGUAAUCUUUAUGUUGUUCGCAGGCUUCUUUGUUCCAGUACAAGAAUUACCAGUUAGCUUUGGUUGGUUACAUUACAUCAAUCCACUAUUUUAUUCAUUUGCCUCAUUGAUGCAAGUUCAAUUCAAAGACUUGGAACUAGAGUGUGUACAACCAGUCAAUUCAACCAUGGUAGUUCCAUGUCAAUUCCAAAAUGGUAAUGAAGUAUUAAAAUAUUAUGGCAUUGAUGAAUGGUCAAGAGAUCAAAGUUUUGGUAUCGUUAUUUUAUGGACCGCUUUCUUUUUCACAACAUCAUAUUUAGCUCUUCACUUUUUAAAUAGAGAAAAGAGAUAAAUAGAUAAAAUGUAUAUAUAUUUUAAAUUAUAUAAUUU